AUCCAUCAGUGUCCCUCCAAGACAUUCAUAUGCGCAAAGCCUUCAAAAGUUCGUUGGCCCUGGAGACAGAGGUGGUCUCCUCCCCCACCAUGCCGUCGGCGAUGAGGGAGACGUACAUGAGAUGCGAGAAGCCGCCAAAGUUAUCACUGCUCAACCAGUUCAGGGAGGAUGGAAAAGACGGUCUCAAAUUCUACACAGAUCCCAAGUUCUUCUUCGAGAGAUGGUGCAACGAACAACGGAAAGACAUCGAGAAUAACAUUAGGAAAAAGAGGAGGAGAAGACAAAAGAAGCCAGCAACAGACAAGGGUUCAGUGCCAAAGGUCCCUGUCAAUACGAGGAAGAAUCGUUAUCAGAUGUACGCAGACGGGGCAGAGUUUGCUAAACAACAGAGACCGCAGCAGAGUAUAACAAACACCCAUAUAUCAUCGAACCAGGUCAACCAAGAUCCAGCCAAACAACGGAUAUCACACUCCGACUCCAUUAUCUCCAGUACGCCAUCCGAUGACUCGGGCAUCAACGGUCAGUCGAUGCGAAGGAAACCGACACAGGGUCCACCGCCUCCUCCGGUAUCGCAGGGUGGGGAGCCUCCCAUGAAUGGGGAUGUGGUGUUGAGGCCGGUUAGACCGGCGCCAGCGCGCCCGCCCAGCCAGCAACAGCAACCACAACCACCACCCAUGAACAACCACGCCCCGAUGAUGCCACCACCCCCGCCACCCGAUGUGCCUCAACAGCAGAGCUACCUCAGCUCUGGGACGUCCGGUUACUCGAGCGCGAGCGAACUCCCACCUCCGCCACCGCCGCCGCAACCCGUCAUGAUGAAUAACCAUGCCCCCGCCCAGCCGCCGCAGCCAGUAUUGUCGCAGCCACUUCCAAACAACAUUCCCCCGCCACCUCCCCCUCCCCCCGUGGGCGGCCCUGCCCCGCCUCCUCCACCGCCCAUCGGUGGGAUCCAGGUUCAGAAGCCACCUGUCACCAACAACAAUGUCCCUGCCGCACCCCCACCACCCCCUGAUCAAUUCAGGCUACCAUCCAUUCAACCAGAUUCGGCUGCUAAUCCCAACAAUACUAGUCCUGUUGUCAACUCGCCCAACAAGCCGCCACCAGUACAAGCCAGUGAUCCAAGAAGUGAUCUAUUAGCAGCAAUCAAAGAAGGAAUGAAACUUAGGAAAGUAGAGGUACAAGAAGAGAAGCAGAGACACAGCGAACCCGCACCAAACAGCGUAGAAGCCAUCCUACGACGUCGUAUAGCGGUCGAACUCAGCUCCGACGAGGACAGUCAAGUAUCUAGCGAUUAUGAGGCAGAGUGGUCAGACGACGAUUGAGCUCAUUUUUUGUAAAACCGGAGACGUAUCUUUUUCAGAGCAUUUGCUAUCGUAGGGUUUUGAUGAUCAAUAUUGCUGUUUAGCCUGAAAGAUCACCAGGGCCCGGUUACAUAAAGCUUAUCAAUUGAUCGUGGGGCUGAUCUCUACGAUUAAUUGCAUUGAUUAUUGUGUAUGAUCAAUCACAAAUAUCAGCCCUGUCAUCAUUUGCUAUAAAGCUUUGUGUUACGGGGCUCAGGACUCUGUAACACAAAACUUUGCAAUUGAUCAUCAAACUAUUUUUAUGAUUGAUUGCAUUGAAUCAGUGUACAAUCAAUCAGAAAAAACAAUUGUAAGAUCAGUCACUGAGCAUUUUGAUUUAGCGCCCGGGAAUAUGUAUAGAUAUGAGGGAAACGUUCUUUUUAUCACAGUCCAAGAAGACAUCGUCUAUCCUUGAAAGCUUUUGCCUGCAAUGCUGUGAGCUUCAUCACACUUUGGUUGUAGCUUAGGAGUAGGUCCGAUGGAGCUUGCAGUGUCGCCGGAAAAAUCUCACAAAAACGGUGAAUUUUUCCAGCUUUGUGUUAAAAGACAUUUUCAUGUUUUGUCACACCAACUGGAUGAACCUCCUCAGUGGUCAUUAGGUUCAGACUAACAGCUUAUUGCGACUGGAUGUGGAACUAAGAAAACUUGCUUUUAAUACAUGUAAACAAAAUGUGAAUUUCUUGGAGAAACAAUUUACAAAUCGUACAAGAGGAUGUUUUGCCAACCAAACGAUCUUAGAAUUGAUUGUAAGAUUGAGGAAAGCACCCGAAACCAUGUUUAGGAAAUCAUUUGAGAAAACUUGGAAUAUAAUUUCUAGACUUGGCAAUGAUGAUGGUCCAUGUUGCAUGAUCUAAAAAUUGAUUUUAUAAUUAAUUUUAAGGUCGAUAAAACAUUCAACGAGCAUGCCUAGCACUGUUGGAGGUUUGACAAGUACAUUAUUUAAGCAUGUAUCUUGCUGCUGAUGAUAAUUUUCUUUUUGAGUUUGCGUUAGCUCCUGGAAAAGCCAAGCUGCUUGUAUUGCAAAGCUUCCGUACUCUUGCAUCAUCGCAGUUUCAUGGCUAUGAUGGAAAGCGGUGAAGUCUCUGGUUUUACAAAUCGCUUUAAGUUUUUCUAUUUGAUAUAACUGCAUUAUCAAGUUAGUAGUAUGAUGUUGUCAUAAAGUUACAGUAUCACAUUGCAACCAUAUUUUAUUAUAUUGCAUUUAGAUUGAAAUUUAUUUCAAACAAUGCUCAAAUGUGCCCUCAUAACGUAAUAAUUUCCUCCAUUGUUUGGGGGUUUUUUGCGAAGGGGGGUAGGAAGCUUAGGAGAUUAUUCAAAUCAAAGUCAGAAAGUGUAUUAUUUCUAUUUUUUAUUAUAUUGUAAGCCACUUUUUUACAACAUGCAUGAAACUUGAUAUUUCAUAAUUGUAGAUUUGAACCUUUGCCUCUCCUAUUCUUAAUAUCACUUCAUUUGGCCAAACACAAUUGAUUUUCAAUAAAAGAUGCAUACAUCCUUGUUCGUCAAUUUUAAGGCAGUGCGAAAAUACAAGUAACUGCAAUAACUUAUUUCCUCACCAUAGAUAGUAAUCAAUACAUUCAUAUAAUCAAAUAUUCUAUUAAAUCAUCUUCACUUUCAUAAUAGGUAUUCCUUUCAAUCGUAGUUAUAAUAGAUCAUUAGAAUCACUUCCUUUUUUGUGUGUGUAUAGUAAUCUUCAAUAGUUUUGAUAGUAUUUUGAAAUUGAAAAAGAUUGUGGCCAUACAAGAGUCAGGAUCCUUCUGAUUAUAUUACAGCUUAAUAUUCUUUCAACACUUUCAGGCACAAGUGUUGUUCUCAGCAGAUGACUUUUUUUUUGCUGGCUUAAAUUACUGAUUGAUAUAUAUAUUUCUAUUUAAUGAUAGUCAUGCAAGGUAUUUUAUUUACAUUUGGCUUGGCCAGCUAUGAUUUAUGACGUGUAAUUAUGCUAUGUAAAUUAUGUGAGAUAGCAGAUAUGUAAUUUUGAGUAUGAACUGUAUUGUACAUAGGAACAUAUAUUUACAUUUUUGGUGAAAAACUUUCAAAAGUGUCAAAUUUUUUGUACAUUGGGAAUUUUCUAUCACUGUCUCGUCCCAGAGUAAGGCUAAUAUGUGACACAUCCUUAAGAAUCAUUGUCGACUUUGAAGUUCAGUUAUCGCCCAGGCUUUGACAAUGACAAACACAGCACGUUCUUCAUUGAAAGUGCCAGUACCCUUGACAGACUCAAUCUCUAAUCCCACAGGGUAAACAUUUUUUCAGCCUUUGCAGUGCAGCAGAAUGCCUACCCCGAAGAAAAGUUCCAACCAUCCAAAUUCAGGAAAAUUCAUUGCAUUGAUAUCAGCACAAAGUAAUUAACAGAAUUUGCGGAAUAGAGGAGGCGUAAUAACUUCGGUAGAGCAACGUGAUGCACCAGUGCCCAUUGGUAAGACAUUAAUCCACAUUACCAGGUCCCUCGGAAAGGACCACAAGCCUUCGGUCCACUGGUUGCUUGCUUUUAAGCAUUAUGCUUUCUUAGCAAUUUGGUAAAAAAUAAUCACGAUCAUUGCAUGGUUAUUUGCCACAUACUUCCCUCGUAAGACACUUCUCCAUUGAACAAGUUUGCUCAGACAGUGUUCGACAACCGCAAAAUCACGUUCUCUUGCCAUGGGUGAUAUCAAGAAAGAUGACCAUGGUCUGUUAAUGUCUAAAUAUAUGUCUAUUGAUUAGCCACAGAAUGGAAAAGUCAAACGGACAUGCAAAUUUGUUUCUGAGAUGUUAUUGAUAGAUGACAAUUUGCAGCAGGGCCCUGAUAUAUUUUCGAGGAUAACGUCAAGAAGUAUGUGUGAUGUAUUAACGUGUACCAACAUGAUCUCCCCAAACUGACUAAAUGAGGGCUCAUAGAACAUGCUCCUGAUGCCAAAACCCAUAGGCAAAGUCAUUAUAGAGUGCCCUACUAAAUUUCCUAAAUCUAUACAAUAAUCAAAUCAAAGGUAACCCAUAACAAGAAGUAUAUGCUCAUUUAGCUUAAAUUGUCAAAAGGAAUCUGGGAUAUCAAAUUUUGGAACCUACUGGUAAUUAAUGUCGAUUUGAUCUUUCUCAUUUAAAAGGUAUCAAUCUCACUUUUCCUUGCUUCCUGGGUAUGUUUCAGUGGCGAUAUUUUGUUAUCUUUGACCCAUACUAGUGAGUCACUAUUGUGACAGAUGUUGACAACUAAAACUGCAUACGUUGAGUGGAUAUAUAGCACAUACUUAAAUACGUUAUAUAGUCUACAAUAUCACUUCUUAUACGUGCAUGCCGAUUUUAAUCCUCUAUAAUGAUAUAUUUUGAGAGGAAUUUUCACUUCCUGUCUUCGGAGUAUGGGGCCCUGUCUUACGAACAGUCAUGAUUGAUCUGAUCAUCUUAAACUAUAUGGAAAUCCAACGACGUCAUAAUUUUUUCUUCAGGAAAUUUACAUGAUUUUUUUUGUAAGCAAAGAGAAGCACACUGAGUUUUUAAGGAAACAAUGAAAUAUGAUUAUACAUCACGUCUAGAAAAUAUUUUGAACAAACAUUCAUUGAUGUUGACGUUGCUUGCUUUCCAUACAUGUAGUUGUGGUUGGUUGGUUCAAUCGUAACUCUUUGUAAGAGGGGGGGGGGGGAAGGGUCCAUGUCGAAUCUAAAAUUAAAAAAAGGCUCAAUGCAUGUGAUCACCCCAAGAUGAACUUGACCCAUUCAUAACAGAUAAAUCAAUCAAUGAAGUUCUUUUUUACUUGUAUUGUACAUACAAUGAAUAUAUUAAUAAUGUUGUUAAGAGACAGAAAAUAACUGUGCUGUAUUUACAGAUUAACUAUGUAAAUUUAUUACUCUUAUUUUCCAAUGCAAUUGGGAGGGGGUGUAAUUACGCUCUAUGUGCUCAAAGAAAGGCCAAGUGAUUUCAUUAAUUAAUUUGAAUGUCUUAUUUCAUUGGAGCUACAUGUAUUGUUGAUUUUGGGUUGGCAGCUCAAAUACAGGGUGCCAUAAAAAAAUGUGAUAAGAAUUUGAUUUGUGUCAUUGUUACUCAUUAACCUUUUUCAGGAUUUUUUUUUCUUGGGGGGGUACAGGUGCCUCUUAUACAGUGCGUAUCAAAAAAAAGUUUACACUUUGAAAAAGCCCUGGGAAUUAAAAAAUAUACAUGUGGGUAAUUUUUUCACAUAUAAUCUUGGGUUUGGGUCUCAUCUAUCCUUUGAAAGUAAAAGUUUUGACAGAAUGUUACACUUGAGUGAGCACUGUCCAUGUUUGUAAAGCUCGCAUAAAUCUGUUUGCGCAGAAAUGCUCGUUUUCACGCUGUGUCAAGGGGAAAGGGCGAAAUCAAACUUCCCUGCGAAACAUUUCUCAUACAUUUCCCUUGCACUUUUAGUCAAUUAUUGAAAUAAAAUGGAUACAUUCAAGCAUUUUGGAACAAUUUUGCCACCCAAAUUGAAAUUUCAACACUUAGUAAGCACAACCUUUACCCUUUUUUUGCCAGCUGGAUCUGAGGACAUACAUGUAACUGAAUCUGAAAAAAAAGUUUAUAUCGGACAUCUCCAGCAUUUUUUCACUAAGUUUUUAUCGUUUAAAGUGGGUUUACAUUUCAUUUACUUGUUUCUCCACACUUUUCCCAAGCUUGACAAUGAUUAACAAAAUGAAAAUCAAGCCUAAGCCAUUUCAUGUAAAUCACAGCUCAGUGUAAAGCAAAUAUCGUCACAAUGGCAUCAGUGAGUGGGGUGGGGCGCAUUGCACUCUUCAAAGUGUUUUGGGCAAGGAAACAAGUUCAAAAAGGUAAAAGAUAUCUUCAAAUCAAUUUUACGAGCUAAAUUCCAUGUGUUCUUCAUGAUUAAGGUCUACUUUUAUUCACAUAACUAUUUCAAAGUUCUGCGCAAAUCAUUUUUUCACUAACUUUUCAAAAGUAACUGGUGCUCACUCAAGCGGAAAUAUUUUUUGACAGUUAUAUCGUCAUUUGCUUAAAUGGAUCUGUACCAAAUUAAAAUGUGGAAAAAUCUUCAGGAUAUUACAAAUGUAUAAUUUUACAGGAUUUUUUCUUAGUGUAAACUUUUUUUUGAUACGCACUGUAUAAGGAGAAAAAGACAAGAAGUUGCUCAUCAAAAAAUUUCUGGAGGAAUUUUCAUAAAGUUUUGUUACAGGGCCCAGGAAACAAUACAGGGCUGCAUCUUACAAAGAGUUGCGAUUGAUCCGAUCAAACGCAACUAUGGGAAGCCAGCAAAGUCAACAUAUAAAAUGCAUGUUUGUUCGAACUUUGUUCUAGAUAUGAAUGUAUAUCCAUAAAUUCAUUGAUUUCUUGACAAUUUGGUGUGUUCUCUGUUGUUUACAAAGGACAUUUCACAAAUUUCCUGUUGAAAAAAUUAUGACACUGUUGGAUUUCCAGUUUCGAUUGAUUGGAUGGAUCGAUCGUAACUCUUUGUAAGAUGGGGCCCUGCUAUCCUAGACACAUUGAUGUGCAAAUUUUUUUUUAGAUACCCUGUAAUUGCAUGAUUAUUUUUUAUUUUGAGAAUAAUAUACUGUAUGAAUGAGAAUGGCUUUGUAGCAACUUCCGUAACAUCUGCUGUAUCAAAUUGGUAAAUCGUUUGCAUGUAUAACUUUUUGAAAGAAUGUAUUUAUCCACCUAUGGAUAUCAAUAAAGAAAAAUUCUGACUUGUGAUCUACAUGAGGAAAAGAAACUUUAAUAAUUUAUACCAAUAUGGAUCAUGGUGUCGUGUCCUUUUUUGAAAAGGAAAGAUAGAGAGGGUCUCUGGGACAGUGAUAUUAUAAUGAAAAUAAUAAUACAAUAAUGUCAUACAUGUAUUUACCCAGGCUAGCUGCUUCAGUGCCGAAGUCUUCUCCCAGCGGGCUCUGCUUAACAUAGUGUUAUCAUACUGGUACUUCAUAUUUUAGUUUCGGCGACCAAAGUCUGUUUGCAUCCCGCAUUGUUUUCAUAUGAAGUGUUCAUUUUUGUUACCAAUUAUUUUGUUUUGAGCAAUACAAUGAAUGAUAUUUUG